CAAAAUAGUGCGGUUUAAGGUUAUUAAAAUAAUGUUUGUAAACAGUAUAUUUAAAAUAAGCAAACAAAAGCAAUUUAAACUUGUUUUUUUAAUGUCAAUGUUUAAUGAAAUCUAACUUCGAUGACAUUAAAACUAGUUGGAGAAUAUUUUCCUAAUUGAAUUUGAAAUAAUGAAUUCUGACAAUGAUGUGGUAUCAUCUCAAGAAGCUAGAGCUCAGUUACGAGAAUCAUUUCUUAAAGCUAUGAAUGAGUUAAAAGGAGAGCCAUGUAAAAUUCUGACAUACGAGCAAUCCACUCUGGAAGCUACAUUCUCUGGAUGGAAACCGGACAGUUCAGAAAUACUUGUGCAUGAUUUAAAAACUCCAGCUAACAUUAAAAUGUCUUCUGCUUUACUCAGAACACCUGAUAUUUUAGCAAUUAAAUUUGAAAAAUCACUUGUAUAAUUAUACACAAAUACUUGUGAGUUUUUUUAAGUAAUCCUCUAAGAUUUUGUUGUGUUAUCACUAUACUUAUUUGCAAAUAAUACUCUAAUUUACUACCAUACCUUUUAAGUUAUGUAACCAGAAUGGUGGAAUUUACUACUUAUAACAAAUAAAUUUGUAUAUACUAAAAUGUUUUUUUAAGAUA